AAAUAUGCCUAUAAAAGCAAGAGCAUUAUAUGACUGUGUCGCUGAUGAUGUUUCAGAGUUAUCUUUCAAAGAAGGAGACAUUUUGAUUGAUGUCGUUGAAAGCGACAACGAAGGGUGGCUAGAGGCGGUCUUAGAGAGAACGAACGAGAGAGGUCUGGUUCCAAAGAAUUAUGUUGAACAGUUUGAGGAUAAGCCAAAGCCACCAAAAGUGUUACCAAAAGGUACGGCAAAACCAGUAGGAUCUAAUGGAGUCAAAUCGACCGGUCCACCCGCGAUUAUGCCGAAACCCACAGUAAAUGCACCAGAUAGACCAUUGGGUGGACCACGGAGACUUUCCGCAAAUGUGAUAGCAAGCUUUGAAAAGACGACAAACACCACUACUACACCCACCGCCAAAUCAUCUGUCAAGUCUACGGCACCUCUGAUAAAACCAAAACCAGACAUCAGCGGCAAUGGAAUCAAGUCACAUACUCAUGAU